GUGACAGAAUUAUAGACAGAAAGAUGCAAGACAAUGAUUUCCGAAGUAGAUUUGGAUCACCCUUACCCAGAUUCGAAGAUAUCAGCUUUCAAGGAAGUUUUCAUUAAAUAUAUGUUUGAUGAAUCAAAGCAACAUAUCUUUAUGUGUGAUAAGUGUGAAAAUCUUGUUUCCGGAAGGAUAAUUUUAAUAGAAAUACGUUGAUUCACAAUUUAGAACAACCUAGCCAGUGUACAUUCUUCAUGGAAUCUUACAGAGAAAAGUCAAGAAAUUCACUUUCAAACUCAUAGGGAAUAACUGUUUCAGUCAACUAAAUGUCCAAGAAGAUUUAAGUUAUGGAUGAAUGUAGCAUAGAAGAAAAACCUUAUCUUUGUGAAGUAUGUCCAAGCUCUUUUAAAACUGAGAAAUGCUUCGAAGCACAUGCACUUACUCACUGUGAAUAUUCCCCAGAUAUAACACCAGAGAAGUCUUUGGAAAAUUUUUCUGAGACAGCCCACUUAGAGAAAAAUUUUCAUUGUACGAUUUGCUCUGAAAGCUUCCAUUCCCUGAGAUCGUUAAGGAUACACAUUACUCGCAUACACUCGAAAAGUCAACCCCACCAAUGUUUUACUUGCAAGGAGGUUUUUUUGUCCAGAUUUGAAUUAAAAACGCACGCUUGUGCUCAUACAGAUGACCUUUUCCUUUGUCAUAAAUGCCCUAAAACAUUCACAGUGCUUUCAUACUUAAAGUUACACCUGUUAAAACAUACUGAAGAAAGACCUUAUCAAUGCUCAAUCUGUCAUAAGAGCUUUACCCAGAAAAGUGGUUUAAAGGCACACAUGCUGAAGCAUAAUGGUAAACUUGACCAUCAGUGUGACAUUUGCCUGAAGAAGUUUGCUUUGAAGGGGACAUUAUCGACUCAUAUGCUUUGUCAUUACACAAGAGAUAAACCCUAUGAGUGUCCAUCGUGUCAGAAAGCUUAUACGAGCCAGUCAGGGUUGAAGAGACACAUGUUGACUCACUCCGGGCUGAGAGUUUACAAGUGCGGUCUGUGUCCAAAAUCCUUCGCAACCCCAGAUGUGUUGAAGCAACACUUAAAGACCCAUUCAAAUGAGCGUCCUUUCAUGUGCGAGUACUGUGGAAAGUCAUUUUCAAGAUCAAACUUUUUGAAACAACACAUGAUGAUUCACACCGGCGAACGGCCUUUUCAAUGUGAUAGGUGUGAAAAAUCUUUUGCUAGAUUAGAAGUUCUUCAAAAACACAUUUUGAGCCAUACGGGUGAAAGACCCCACCAAUGUACAUUAUGUGAAAAGUCAUUUAAGCAAAAGGGUCAUUUAGAAACACACAUGUCGUUCCACUCAGGAAAAAGACGGUAUAAAUGUCCAAUUUGCCAAAAAAGCUUCAUAAUGAAUAGUAAUUUGCAGGCACACAAGGCAAUCCACUUAAAGGCAAGAUAUCAAUGUAAGGAGUGUGAUCAGGUGUUUAAAAGACAAAUAGAAUUAAAGAGACAUGCGCUCAUUGCUCACACAAGCAAAUCAUUAAUUUCGAUACAAUCUUGUGAAGUGAUUCGUGAUAUCAUACCGAUUUCAGGUGAAGUUUUAACGUUGUCUGAUGAAGUCAUACAAGUCACGAAUGACAAACUUAUAGCUUGUUUUAGGAAAGGGCAAUUUGGUGGAAGGUAAGAUGGUGUGUAUGUCGGAAAAAUCAAACACUGAAGAUCUGUAACUUGUUUUUGCUUUCUUUAUAUAUAUUAGUGGCCUCUUUUAACUUUGCAGUUGCCCAUCCACAUAGGCUUGGUUGGGCCUGUGCCUGGAACUGUGUUGAUAAAAUUUAGUGUUGAGCACCAAGACGCAAACUUACAACAUUGCUAUCAUGGUUUUGUAGUCCAUCGAUGAGCCACUGACUCACCGGAAUUUCUAGAAUUUCAGAACGGCCUUUUAUCCAUCUACAGUUUCUGACAGUUUCUACAGUUUCUGCAUAGUCUUUUAUUUUAAGAUAAACAUUGUGAAUUGUUUUAUUGGUUUACAACAAUGCUGUUGUUAUUAUACAGGGUGUCCCGGAACUCUCAACCAA